UGUUUUAUUGGAGCAGAAGUAGCAGCAGAACAGCAGCAGCAGAACAGCAGCAGCAUGCUACCAUCACAGCUCAUUUAACAUUUAUGAACUAAGUUUACAACAGCCUUUGGCUGUGUGUGGGGCCAUAACCAUAACCAUAACCAUAACCAUAGCUGGAUCGCAGGCAGUGUUUGGCCGCUCAUGCGACUCCUGUGGAGAGUCCUCCUGAGCUGGGGGGCAGGUGCCGCUGUUUCUUUUGUUUCCCAUCGUUUGUUUGCAUUUCUGCUCUAUCCAACCCGCUGACCCCUUGGUGCACCGUUGUCCAGGAGCGGUGCCACGGCCGGGAUUUCCGGGGAUCGUGUGUGCUCUGUACACCGUUUCAGCGAGUGCCGUCCAUCCACGCACUGGGGAGCGGCGUGAUGAAGCCGGAUCGAGAGCUAUCGGAGCGGGUUCCCCCUUCCGGCCUUCUGUGGCCCCGGGCACAACCAGAGCCCAGUGUCCCACCACCCUGGACUGGCGUCGGUUACUGCCACUGUACGCAAGGGGCGUGGCAUUGAGCCUGUUGUGCCGCAACAGAGCGCACGGCUGGGUGCAGCUGACUGUGUGGGCUGGGCAUGAUGGCCCUUGUGGUUUGGUUAACUCUUUUGGGUGUCUUUCAGAAUAGGAAUUUUAAUACUAUUUGUAAUAAAGGGUGUCUAUUUUCUUAAAAGCACAGUCUUGGUUUCCUGUCGGAGAGUCCUGUGCUCUUCAUUUUAAGUCUUCUACUGGAGGCAUCCAAGGGGAAACCAUACUGCCACAGGAAUCUUGGUGCUGUGAGCAGAAAUUGACGUCAGCGCCAGUUUUGGCCUGUGCUGACUUCACACUACCCUUUAUUCUGGAAGUAGAUGCCAGCCACAAUGGCCUUGGUGCAGUUUUGUCCCAGGAGCAGGGUGGCAGUGUGCGGCCAUUGCCAUGCCAGUAGGGGGCUAAAAGCUACAGAGCGUAACAUGCAGAACUGCAGCUCUAUGAAGCUGGAGUUCUUGGCUCUUAAAUGGGCCAUGAUGAUUAUGAGAUAAAGUAUCGUUCUGGCAGAAUGUGGACGCCCUGUCACGACAUCCCAAUCGUAGUUCAGCAGGGGUCGGCGACAUGGCACCCGGUACUUCACAAAGAAAUGACCGAAAGAAAGAUGGCCGACAGGCUUUGAGGACAUUCCUGCUAAAAUCUCACAGUCUGACCCCAGACUUUGGUGAAGCUGCAGCUAAGAAAAGAUGGCAGGAAUCUGGCUUAGACCAAUGUGCAGCAAACAGCUGGAAUAUUUCUGUGUCUGAGGCACUUUUCCCACUGCAAGGCCUGGAAUGUUCAGAGUCAAAUGUUGGAGUUUUGUUGAAUGACAUUAUUUUUGGUUCUUUUGUUGUUGGCUUUGACAAAGAUUUCCUGAGAAGUACUUUAUUUAUUUGUUUAAAUAGGGAAAGAAAACCACUGAUGUCUUUUAUUUCUAAUUUCAUUUCUCAUCUUUGUAACAUCAAGCUUUGGCUGUUAGGGUCAGUAAAUAUUGAGUUCUGCCCGGGACUUUACUUCCCUGCUUUAUUUUGUCCCCCCCCCCCUGAUCUGGACGAUGACGACUUUAAAACUGAACCUGAUCCGAGAGUCCGGACCCUCAGUCCUGGAGGAUGGAGCCAGCCUCACCCCCCCCCAGCUGCGGUUUAGCCCCCGCCCGUCUAUUUUUCACAUCUUACUCCUCUGCUCGUCACAUCAGCUACACACCCACCUCAGGCAGGAUCUCAACCCCCCCAGGGUCGCCGUCACCACAUCAGCCCCCACCCACACUCAGCAUCUGCUCCGCCCCCGCCCAGUCAGACUUGGGUUCAGUUUGGGGGGACGUCAGUGUGACAAAGAUCUGAGUUCCUGCAGCUUGGAGGAAGAGGAGGCAAGGAGGAGGCUGAAGAGUGGAGGUGUGGGUUCCUGGAGAAGCUGCUGACCUUCAUCUCCAAUGGUUCGGGUCCAAAGAGGACCAACAUGAAGACGACAGGAAGCUGGAUGAUUCUGCUGAGUCUCUGCUGCUCAGGUGUUUUUGCAGCUUCUGAAUUGGCUUUCCUGAUGGAGCCUGAUGACAUCAUUGCAGUCAGGGACCGCCCCCUCACGUUAAACUGCCAGGUUGAAGGGGAAGGUCCCAUCACCAUCACCUGGAGACGUAACGGUGUUCCCGUGGCAGCGGGCGUCAGGACGGCCAUACUCGCCAACGGCACGCUGCUCAUAAGAAACUUCUCCAAACGGCGUGAGAGCAACGAGACGGACGCGGGGGAGUACGAGUGCGCCGCUCAGAACCGCUACGGCAUGCUGAUUAGCCGCAAGGCCCACGUGAGGCUGGCCUCCCUGCCCAGGUUCCUGUCCCACCCACAGUCCUUGCUGGUGGAUGAAGGGGGUGUGGCCCGACUUAGCUGCCAAGUGAGAGGGGUCCCAGAAGCCAACAUCACCUGGCAGAAAGACCAACGCCCCCUGAGCACUAACGACCCCCGGUACACUUUGCUGCCCAACGGCGUGCUGCAGAUCACCGGCGUUCAGCGUUCGGACAGCGGCUUCUUCAGAUGUGUCGCCUCUAAUAUCGCCAACAUACGAUUCAGCCACGAAGCCCAGCUGUCUGUCACCGCUGCAGGAUCCAGAACCUACAAGGAACCCGUCAUCCUGUCCGGUCCUCAGAACCUCACCAUCAACAUCCAUCAGACUGCCAUCCUGGAGUGCAUUGCUACAGGAAACCCCCGCCCCAUCGUGUCCUGGAGCCGCCUCGAUGGUCGGUCCAUUGGGGUGGAAGGGGUCCAGGUUCUGGGAACGGGGAACCUGAUGAUCUCCGAUGCCACCUUGCAGCAUUCUGGAGUUUACGUCUGUUCUGCCAACCGACCCGGCAGCCGGUCCAGAAGAACUGCACAGGGACGGCUCGUGGUCCAAGCUCCUCCAGAGUUUAUUCAGUGGCCUCAGUCUGUCUCCAGACCAACAGGGGGCAGUGCAGUCUUCAGCUGCACAGCCACCGGCGUCCCUGAGCCACAUCUCAUCUGGCUGAAGAACGGCAAACUGCUGAAUCCCGGUGGAAACGUCAAGCUCACCAACGGGAACACGACCCUCGCCAUCACUCGCAUCACCCCCGAAGACGAGGCCAUUUACCAGUGCAUUGCUGAGAACACUGCCGGUACCAACCAGGCCAGUGCCCGGUUGGCCAUCAGCCAGGGCCCAGAACUGUCUGCCCCCCCAACGGGCCUUCAGGCCACACCCCUGACAUCCAGCGGCCUCCAGCUGAGCUGGGACCAGCCAGAGGAACGGGUCGGCCAGCAGAUUAUCGGAUACGUCCUGCACAUCCGACGACUGGGAGAACCAGACAGUGCAGAGCUACAGGAGGCAGUGAGUAAAACCACCUUCACUCACGACUUAAACAAUCUGGAUGCUGCCACCACCUACUCCAUCUACCUGAAAGCCUACACUGCUCUGGGGAGCAGCCAGCAGUCCAGCACUGUCACGGCCACGACACUGGGGGGCGUUCCAGAUCCUCUGAGUUUCUUCACAAAAGUCCUCAACCAGACUGCUAUACAGGUGUACUGGGAACUGCCCAGUAAACCUGGAAAACUGGAAGGCCUUAAACUGACCUACCAUGGGGUCUCCAACCCAGACAUUAAGGGGCAAGAGAUUGUCCCUGCACACAUCAACACCCACAUCGUCUCACACCUGGAGCCUGAAGGUCUAUACAAAGUUCAACUGGUUGCGUUCAAUGGAAACGGCGACAGCCGAUCUACCAGCCGUCUGGUGUCCCUGUCUGAGGCAGGAGCAACAGAAGCUGCUGCCACCUGUAACUGUGACCAGUCAAAUAACUCCACCUCUGCCUUGCUGGUUGGUGUCCACAGCGGUCUUGCCUGCAUCCUCUGCUUCCUGCUCUUCAUCAUGCUGGGCUACAGGCGGAGCUUUUUCUGCAGCAAAACACGGAAGCCCCCACCCUCCGAAAAUGGCACUAGAGCCCAUAAAGGUCAAACCCCAGAGAGUAUGGAACUAAGACAACACAACCAGACAUCUGCAGUUGACUCCACCUCUCCACCGGUGAUCCUUAUAAUUGAGCCACCUUUACCAGCACAGAUUGGACCGGGAUAACCCCAACCCCCC